ACUACCACUUGUUGAUUAAUGAAAUCACUUUAAAACAGCGAAUUAACAUUGAUAACACUUAAUACUAACAACAAACGUACAACCGACAAAUAUUUUGGGCGUGUUAUUGUGUUGAAUUAAAAAAUAAUACUAGCUAUGUAAUAUUUCUUUGAUAUAUAUUUUAGUAAUCUCGUUCAUUAUAGUCUGUUCAUUAUGUCUUCAUGCUUCAAUUUACUAUGUGUCUCCUUCUUGGUUUUAUUCAGUCUUUAUUCUGUGUCAGGUUUAAUGUGUUGGACCUGUGAUUCACUUCAUGAUUCAAAAUGUUCUGAUCCAUUCAAUAAUCACUCAAUGCCUAUGGUAGAUUGUAAACAGGUGCGACUUGACACUUAUCCAAAUUUACGAGGUACCAUGUGUCGUAAAAUUCGUCAAAAAGUUUAUGGAAAGUGGCGGUAUUAUAGAAGCUGUGCUUUUUUGGGAGAACCAGGAAUAGGCAAUGAUGAACGUUAUUGUUUGAUGAGAACUGGCACAAAUAAUAUUUUUACUGAGUAUUGUACAUGUAAUACAAGAGAUGGUUGCAAUAGUGCAUCUUUGAUGUCUAUAUCAUUAUUUUCUUUUUUACCAGUAACAACUUUGUUUUAUUUUAAGAGACUGCUAUAAUACCAAAAAAUACAUUUUUUAUGACAUAAUAAUUUAAUAAAACAACUUUUAUAUAAAUUUUCAUAUUUUUUAGGUUUAUAAUAAAAAAAAAUGUUCAGUAUUAUUAAUUAUAAAAAAAUUAACUACACUUUUUACGCCAAAUUAGUUUAUAGUUACUAUAUAUUAUGUAAGAUUACUUAAGUACACAUUAUCCGUCCAUUAAUUUUAGUAAUAUAUUAAAUGUUCUUAUAUUUUUUUAUUUUGAUGAUGUUGAUAUUUUUAGAAUAAAAAAUAAAAUUUUAAUAAAGUGUUUUCAAAAAUAAACAUUUUUUUUAUUUU